AUGAGCGGGCAGGUGGAAGCAUUCUCGCUGCUGGUGGAGGCAUGGUCCCAGGAAGGUCGCAUUGCCAGGAUUCAGGACCUGAUCUUCUGGCCAUCCGUCGAUUGCCAGCUGCUGGUGAAGUUUGGAUGCGAUCCUCAAAACCUCCCUGUACUCGACGAAGCGGCGAGGGACCUUGAUUGCCGCAAUCCUCACCAGUUGACUAACCACUCCCUGGAGAUGUGGCUCAAUGGCUGCGGGGGUGAUAUUCGCUGGCAUGACUUUGCGGGCACUCCACUCUUGGACCUCCUUGAGGACGAGGAUGCGCGGAAAUUCUGGCGAGAGCAUGCGACUCUGCAAGCGAGCAUGCUGAACACCAUGGGAGACUGGCACGCCUGGGUGAUUCCUGGACUUGCAGCUCUGACGGCAUACAUGUCGGUACUCCUGGAGAGAAAGUUCCUGCAGAGGUGCUGCGGGAAAAGCAAAAGCCAACAAGCCCAAACAGAUAACGAACAAGACCCCUUUCUGGCUGGUGCCAAGCUCUUGGUGAGCCAGGCUUUCAGUAGGUUCACGCUGUCCGUGAAGCUGUGGCGCUGGCUAGAAGUCUGCGUUGGGAUUUUUUGGCUGGGGCUCGUGCUGCUGAUCGCGCACUGGGCAUGGUGGUUACCUCUAGUUGGGGUUCUCUACGUGGCCCCUGCAAUCAAACUGCACGGCGCCCGGGAGUUAUUUCAGUCUCCGACCCUGGCAAUAGUGUCAAGAAGCUUCGGAGGCCAAGUUGCCGCCCUCAUCCGCACCACGGCUCUCUUCGGCAUCUUCUGCUUCCUCUACGGUGGCCUCUACUGGGAAAUGGUGAUCCCUGACUCAGUCAUAUCCACUUUCUCGUGGAUGCUUGACCCCACGGUGCGAGGGUGGGAGGACCGGAAAGUGCGCUUACUGGAAAACAGUAAGCUGAAUGAGCACUGGCUGUUCCCCUGGGCACCCCCAAUCACUGCGCUUGAAAUAUUCCGUGCAGUGAGAGACGUUUGCAUCGCUCUGGUAGUUGUAUACUUUGUCUCUCUGCUCUGCAUGGUGCUAUACAAAACUUUCCGGCGCUGUUGUGGAGGCGUUACUUCUUCGACACCCUCCCGUCAUGAGCUUGAGGAUGCUGUACGACAAGUUCUGCAGAAGCCACCAGAAGAGUUCGGCGAAGUUCACAAGGGCAUCAAGCCGACGACGGCUUGCUCCUUGUAUCAGAGUGUUGCAAUGCAGUUGCUGGACAUCGCUUUUGAUUUCAACACUGUGUUGAGUUUCCUCUUGGGUCGGAACUACGUCUUCGCCGCCGUUAUGACCUUCUUCGUGGUGCGCAGCAUCACCAAGCAAUUCUAUGUCCUCCCUUUUUGUCACUUCCGGGAGGCGCUCAGGGAGAGCGUGCGUCGAGGCAUACCGCGACAGGACGUUUUGGACUUCUUGGAAGAGGAGAAGCGUUCAGAAGCUCUGUUUUGCGCCUGCAUCACUGCCUAUUCGGUUUUUUUCUCCGUGCAUACCGCGGGGCAGAUGCUGACUCAGUACUGCAGCCUGGUGUCAAGCACAUGGCAGCUCAGAGGCCAUGCAGCUGAACUGUGCAACAUGGACUUCCCUGUGGAUGAGGCCGCAGCCGUGGCGAGUCCAGCUCCACACCAUGCUAUGAACAGCGAUGUCAGCGACGACAGCGACAUGAAACAUGAAGGAAAGGACGUGUCGGAGGACGACCUGCGAGUGGAAAUCAACCUGGAUGCCAGUUAUCGGUCAGCCAACGAGGAGAACCCCGUGAGUGCAGCGAACAAGUCAGUGUGCGACGAUGCCACGGCUGCCAAGGAGGGGCGCCCCUCUUACCAGGCAAAACCGGAUCCGGAAAAGAGGCUGAUUGACGAAGCUGCUGUUGAAGUGGCCAAGCAGAAGGAGUUUCUGCCUGCUUUCUCCGUCAGGAUCUUGGGGUCGACAUCGGACUUAACCAUUGAUGAGUCCACGGAGUUCGCAAAGCAGGUCAUCCUAGAAGGAUUCCGGGGUCGGGACACAGUCCGGAGCCUGAAGGAUCGCCUCUUGAAGGAUGGCCUGGCCUCCGAGUCGCCGCGCAUCUUCCUCCCGCCGCAUGAACUUCGGGAUGCGACAAAACUUGGGGAGUGCUUCGCGCAAUGGUCAGGAUUCGGCUUGGAGAAUUGGCCUCCAAGAUUCGUCAUGAAGCCCGCGCUGCAGGGCUUCGAGCUGCCGGUGGUGAUGUCAGCGUCCUUGGACACCGCGGUUUGGGAAGAAGUGGCGGGACAGAGGAAGCUCAAAAGAUACGGAGAGAGGCGUUUGCUCUUCGACUUGCAACCUUUGACCACCGUGGCUGAGCUCAAGAAGCUGCUGCAGAUCAAGCUCGCCAUCCCUGCAGACAGGCAAGUGCUUACAGCUGAGCUGGUCGCAGAGUUUGACCAAGGCUCAGCUGUUCUCAUCGACCUCGACAACGAUGCCGCAACCAUGAGGGACCGCGGAAUCGACCGGUUCGGGUUGCAGGUCUAUCUCGGCACGGACAGGCUCGCCGAGCUCGAUGAACUCUUGGAGUCAGAUCCCAUCUGA